CGCGGCUGGUGGUCGGGCUGGCUCUCGUGAAGAAGAAGAAGCGGAUGCCGCUCGCGGAGGCGCUGCCGCGGCUGGAGGCGCUUGUCGAAGCGGCGGGGGCGGUGGAGGAGACGGCUGGGGCCGAGGAGCGCCUGUGUGACCUCUGCUACGACGCACCGCGUUCGGUCCGCUUCGCGUGCGGCCACGCGCUGUACUGCGAGGCUUGUGUGCCGCGCGUGCUGGAGCGCGACACCAACUGCCCGGCUUGCCGCCAGCCGGCGCUGCCCAUCGCCGCAACUGGGCGGCUGGUGGCGGCGCAGACGACGUUUGUUCACCAGCCGCCGUCGCGCACCGUGCCCCAGGCUCAGCCCGUGGGCGGCACGGAGGCGGUCGGUAGGCGAGGGGGGCGAGGGGGGCGUGGACGUGGCGGGCGGGGCGGGCGGGGCGCAGGGCGCGGCGGCUCUGCUUAG